GUGAACAAGAAGAGAAAAGUACUGCUGUGAAACCUCUGGAAACUUUAACGAAGAAGCAGGGAGACCAAACUUUUGUAUUUUUAAAGUGAAAAUAGGUCGGAUGUGCUGGGCAGUUCUGCACAUGCUGAUCCUGUUGACACUCUGCUGUCAACUUUCUAUUGAGAAUGAUGUGGGGGUUGCAGCUUCCUGUCCACAGGACCAGAGGACAUUUCAAGGGUCCUGCUUUGAGCUUGUGGGUCAGCAGCUCCCUUUUCACAGAGCUGAAGAUUGGUGUGAGGAGAGGGGAGGACACCUCGCUUACAUCCCAGAUAAAGAAACUCAAAAUUUCUUCGAGAGACACCUAGACUCUCAAAAGGACAUUUGGCUUGGACUGGCACCGUCCGGAAGCCCAAAGCCGCAAUUUUCUGUGAAUGAGGAAGGUCCUCCUCUCUUUUGGUUGGAUGGUUCACCUCUCACCUUCUCAAAGUGGCAGAGCGUCCCACAGCCAGAUGCGGCUUGUGGAUUCAUACUGAGACACUCAGGCUUUCGCUGGAAAGCCACAAAAGACUGCAACAAAAGCAUGCAUUUCAUCUGUCAGUUUGAACCUGGAAGAAGAAUCGCAUGUUUGGGUCACAACACCACUCUGCAGUGCGGGUCUGGUCAAGUGUUAAUCAUAGAGGGGGCUGUCUUCGGUCGCGACAACAUUCAUUACUGUCGACCCAGGUUCUACACACCAACAUUCACACAGGAUAGUUGCAGCCAGGUGGAUGUGGCGGCCUCCAUUAAAGCUCAUUGUGAAGAACAUCAAAUCUGCAGAAUCAGUGAAGUCAUGGGCUCAUUUGAUGACCUUUGCCCAGAGCAGAAGAGCUACCUGACUGUGGACUAUCACUGCAAGGAUGUAAUCACAUUGUCAGUGCCGAACGUGGCUGCUGUUUAUGAUGACAUCACCAUUAAAAUCAAAUGGCAUGUCCAAACAUCAUGGAAAAACUGUAAGUUAGAGACUGGAGAUGGCCACAUUUUUCAUCUGCGUGGUCUAAAUGGGUUGAGGAGCAGUGUUGAACAUAAGUACACCCAUCCUAGUACAUUUGUUGUGGCUCUUGAAUGCACCGACAGUGAAAGAAACAUUACAGCCCAGGAGAUAAUUACCAUCGAAGAGCCUGUUGCACAGAUUGGUGCCAUCAGAUGCUUUGCUGGAAAUGUGUCUUUUUAUGAAAUCGACUGCAAAGCCCUGCAUGGAGGAGCGUUUCACAUUCAAAUACAAGUAAAAGCAGGAACAAAUGUCGCCUACAGAAUACAAAACGAUGACAGACUGCUAGGAGGCUUACAUGUUAUAGGAGGAAAUAUUUCCCACAACGUCACUUUGAGCCCAGAAGCGGUGAAACAGCUCGGGCCUGGCUGUCACAAGCUCACUCUCUAUGCAUCCAACUUGGUGACUUUUCCAGAAGUUUCUUCAGACCUUCAGGUUUGUGUCUUGGAAGAGCUAGCUGGGCUUCGGGCCAGCCUGCUGAAAGAGACAGAUGAUUGUUCUGGCUCUGCUGGCAUUUUUCUUGAAGUUUCACUUGACCGCGGAGAACCAGUCCUGCUGCUGAUUUCACUGACUGGAGAAAAUGGGACGUUUUCUGAAACUAGAGAAAUGAGUACAAGAAGGGACAUUUUUCAGAUCAGUCACCCAAUUCAAGGAUCUGUCCAGGUGAAGAUUAAAGCGUCGAAUGCUUUUUCCUGUCUGGAGGUGGAAGUGCUUGGCUCCUGUGAUGAAAACUCAAUGAUAGAUCUGAGCAUUCCUCAUGACUUGUUGAUCUUUAAGAAGAAAAUGAGGAAAAGGAAUGCACAAGUUGCAGAAAACCCAUUGGAAAUCAUAGCAACUCCUUCGAAUUCAGUGAAUCAGAUAACUGCAACAAUUACACUUUCGUCAAGCGAUUCUAGUUUGGCAAACUCACAGACAACUGUUUCGUGGAAAUGCAGUGAUAACUGUAAAUGUGAACCAGAAUCCAAAGAUUCCAGACAAAUUAUUCCAGGAAAUUGUCUGCCAGAUCCUUUAAACUUUUAUAAAUACACAGUGAAGGUUGAGGUGAAACAUAAUGAUGUGAGAGAGAAAUCCAUUUGCAUCACCCUCAACCCAGCUUUAGACGAAUCGGAUCGAGUGAGCUUCACUUGCAUUGAUAAUUGUAGCCCAGCGUCGCGAUCCAAAGACACAAAAGUUAAAAUGGAGUGCAGUUCUUGUUUAAAUUAUACAUGGUUCAUUGAGGAGACAAACGUCUACCAAAACUGGCCAAAAAAUACAAGGGACUGCUACAAUGAUACAAAUCAAAUUCCUCUUGUUGAAAAAAAGGAAGAUGCAGCAGAAUAUGUCAUUGACAAAAAUUAUAUUAAGAAAGCAUCAAAAAGGCACAAGAAUGUCACUGUUGUGUUCACUUAUUCAGUGGAUAAGGAACUAUUAUACAAAACCUAUAUCAUAUGGGUAGAACCAUCUACAGAUCUUCCUGAUCCAAGUAGUGACCCAGAAACAACAGAUGCUAUGACAACCUGGAGCCCUGCAGCAACACCAACUGCAACACCUUCACCAGUAACUCAUUCAACAGCAACACCUUCACCAGCAACUCAUUCAACAGCAACUCAUUCAGCAGCAACUCAUUCAACAGCAACUCAUUCAGCAGCAACUCAUUCAGGAACAACUCAUUCAGCAGCAACUCAUUCAGCAACAACUCAUUCAGCUGUAACAGCUACCACACCUACCACUACAGUUGCUCUUACUUCUCACAGUGCAUCAACUUCAAGACCAACCACUGAGGUUUCUAAAAGCCUCUCAUGCGCUAUAUCACCAUCAACUGGAACUAUACUUGAUCCUUACAGCAUAACGUGCACUAGUGCCCAGCUUUGUUUAAAUUGUCAGUACUGUUUUAAGACAGAGGAAAAGUAUCUGUUGUGCAGUAAAAACGGAGAAGUCAGGAUUCUGUACCUUCCUGUCGGAGAUAGCAGCGCUGAGAACAAACUCCUCAUAACAGCGACUGCAAAGAACAGAAGCUAUGAAGUUAGCACCACUUUAACCACACAGGUUUUGGAUGCUACAACAAACUCGAGCUCAGUGGACGGUCUGAACUCAGCGGUACUGAAUGCUGUGGAUAAGCUGGAAAGUGAAGGUUUACUAUCAGCUGCUUCUAUUGGAGAACUUUUUAACUUGGUGGCUGAAAAACUAAACAGCAAAACUGACAAAUCAGAAAAAGAAAAUCGACAAAAGCUCAGACAGAAGAUGUUGGACUUGAUGAUUGGCAUAGUGAACAAAUCUCCAACACAAACUCCAGAAGAAACUCAGGUGGUAGCCAGAGGACUUACUUCUCUCAUUCAGAAAGACGAUGAACUCAGCUUGUCUGCACAGAUUGAUGCAGCCACAUUGUUUGCCAACCUCAGCUUAUCUGUCCUGGAUAUGAAUGUGAGCACAGCUGAAGACAAAGAAAAUGUUAUCAUCGCUACAAGCAUCAUUGUGGAAGGAGUGGGCGUGAUUUUGGAGUAUUCUUCCAACAAAAACAUCUCUGAUGCUCUGCUUGCUGCUCUGAGGAUCAUACAGAGCACUUUGUUGAAAACAAUGACGGUUAAUGAAGGUCCAAUUAUAAUACAAAAACCUCAUAUCAGUUUGCUCGUCAAUCGAGUAAAACAUGAGAGUUUACACAAAGGGUCCAUCAGUGCUAAUUUAAGUUCUCAGCCCACAUUUUCGCUGCCACAACUCCCAUCUGACAUGUUUCCAUCAGAUGAACCAGUGGAUGUCCGGAUGCUGAGUUUAGAUAAAAAUCCCUUUUCUUGGAAUGAGAAAGGAAACAUUAGUGGACUGAUGGGUGGUCUGUCCCUCACAAAACAAGAUGGAUCCGGUAUCCCUGUGGAGAACUUAAGUGAAGAUAUUGAGAUUCUGUUGCCAAGACCCGCUGGAGAACAAGUGAACACCUCAGUUUUGGAUCUUGGGAACUACAGCACAACAGCCAUAGAUGUUCCCUCAGCCGACUCCACUCUGCUUUUAAAGAUGGUGCCUUCUGUGGAUCCUUUACCCUUCAAACUGUUCCUUGGUUACAUGAAUUAUCCUACUGACACAAAUUAUGUAGCGAUGACAGAGAUGCCUCUUCCGGGAACUACACAAGAAGAAAGAUACACAUGGCUUCUUAAUCCCACAAAUUUAAAGGGAAAUACUGGAUUGCAUUAUCUUGUGGUGAGGCCUAUUGUUGGUCCAGGUGUGAAAUCUAUCAAUGCCACAUUAUCUAUCACCCCCAUUACAUCCUCAUGCAAAUUUUGGAAUGAGACUCUAUUGGACUGGAAGGAUUCUGGAUGCAAAGUUGGUGUUAAGACCACACAUUUAGUCACCCAGUGCUUGUGCAACCACCUCACAUUUUUUGGCAGCUCUUUCUUUGUAACUCCAAAUCUUGUCGACCCUUCACGCACUGCUGAGCUUUUUGCGACCUUUGCUGAGAACCCUGUGGUUGUGUGCUUUGUUGGGGCUCUUUUUGUGACCUACCUCCUCGUGGUUGUGUGGGCACGAAGGAAAGACAUCAAAGACACAGUCAAGGUGAAGGGGACAAUGCUGGAGGACAACGACCCCAUGGAUAAUUACCGCUAUCUGUUGUGUGUUUGCACUGGACAUCGCAUAGGAGCCUCCACUUCCUCUCAGGUUGUAGUCACUCUUCUGGGUGCAGACGGAAACAGUAAGCCUCAUCACCUGACUGAUCCAAAGAAACCCGUGUUUGAGCGUGGAGCUGUGGAUUUGUUCCUGCUGACUACACCGUCCUCUUUGGGAGAGCUGCAGGGCAUCAGACUGUGGCACGACAAUUCUGGAAACCAUCCAGCUUGGUUUGUGGGCAACGUCCUUGUGCAGGAUUUACAGACAGAGCAGAAAUGGUAUAUUUUAUGCAACUGCUGGCUUGCAAUAGACAUGGGUGAUUGCUGCCUCGAUAAACUCUUUCCUGUUUCGACAGAGAUGGAUCUGAAGAAAUUCAGUAAUUUGUUCUUCAUGAAGACAGCAAAGGAUUUCAGUGACGGACACCUUUGGUUCUCUGUGAUCAGUCGACCACCGAGUAGCAACUUUACUUGUGUGCAGAGGGUGUCCUGCUGUUUCUCCCUGCUACUCUGCACCAUGCUGACCAGCAUCAUGUUUUAUGGGAUCCCAACAGACCCCUCCGAUCAGGUCAUGGAUUUGGGUCACUUUGAGUUCACCUGGCAGCAGUUCAUGGUUGGGGUUCAGAGUUCCCUCAUCAUGUUUCCAAUAAAUAUCCUCAUAGUCAGCGUCUUCAGAAACACUCGCCCUCGGGAGUCGUCUUGUUGUCAAAGAAAAACAAAGAAAGCAAGUCGCCGCCAGCAAAAACGCAGCGUACAGACAACUUCUCUGAAACCGGGAACUACCACCAGCAGCACAGGGAGCUGCACUUUAGACACCAUCAUAAAAGAUAUUGCAAGAAUUCUUCAGUCCCUGUCUGAGACAUCCAAAUGCAACAUUCCAUCCAUCAAGACUGAGUUUGGUUCUGGGAAAGAAACUGACAUUAAUGCUGUCCUCGCCGAAGUGGAAAAAUUUCUAAAACAGAAUACCAAAAGCAGCAAUGACACCCAGACGAAAACACAGUGUCAACUAUCAGCCGAGGGGAUUGAGAAGAAGAGCAACAAAACCCAGCAUCUGUACAGACAAAUGUGUAACCUUGAAAAGAAGCUGAGCCUGAUGGACACCUCCAGCUUCCCCAGCCCUCACAGCUUUGAUAAGGCCCUAAAGCAGGUCCAGGGGAUGAAGAGCUACCUUGAAGAUCAGCUCUUCACCUCCAGCCAUUUGGACCUAGAUGAGCCUAAACAUGAGAAGUUUGUUCCUGAGCAUGACACUUCAAAUGAUGAUGGUGUUCUGAAAAAGAAGCCACAGCGUCGGGGCUUUCUACCCUGGUGGUUCAUCUUUGUCGGCUGGUUGCUGGUGAUUGGAACCAGUUUUGUUUCUGGAUUUUUCACAAUGCUUUAUGGACUGAAAUUUGGGAAAGAGCGCUCCAUCAGCUGGUUGGUAUCCAUGAUCGUCUCCUUCUUUCAGAGUCUUCUCUUUAUUCAGCCACUGAAGGUGAUAUGUCUUGCAGUUUUUUUUGCACUGGUAAUAAAGCGAGUAGAUGAAGAAGAUUUUCAAAAUGUGGUGUUUGAAAGAAGUGGAAGAAAGUCUGGUGAUCAAAAUGAUAAACAAACAAGCCAUUGGGAUUAUCGUCUUUAUGAGCCACCUCCUCCUGCAGACAUCGAGAGAAUGAAAAGGAACAAGAUUAUGGAACAGAAGGCCUUUGCUUUGCUCAGUGAGAUUUUGAUUUACAUGGGGUUCAUAUGGAUGUUACUGCUGGUGGCCUACGGCCAGAGAGAUCCCAAUGCUUUUUUGUUGAAACAGCACAUUAGAAAUAGCUUCGCUAACAGUGUCCCAGACAGCAUGACUCUUCAGGAUGUUUUUACCUGGGCUAACACCACUCUACUGCAAAACCUUUUUGGAGAAUAUCCAGGAUUUAUCACAGAUGGAAACUCCAAGCUGGUGGGGAAUGCUCGUGUUCGCCAAUUAAGAGUUCAGCAGAACUCGUGUCAGAUUGCAAGUUUCAUGCUUGGAUUAGUGCCAGACUGUCAUGCACUCUAUUCAUGGGAGAUAGAAGACACGGGUUCCUAUGAAACUGGCUGGAAUCACUCUGUCAAGAAUAAUUUUUCGAAAAGUGCCUCCUCUCCAUGGAAGUACCAGACUGAAGCUGAGCUCAGAAGUCUGCCAGUGUGGGGACAACUGGUGCUCUACAGAGGAGGAGGAUUUGUAGCUGAGCUCGGACCAGAUAUUCAAAAUGCCAGCAGCACACUUGAGUACCUUUUCCAUAAUAAAUGGCUUGAUAAGUACACGAGGGCAGUCUUUGUCGAGUUCACGGUUUACAAUGCAAAUGUGAACCUCUUCUGUAUCGUCACGCUCUUGAUGGAGACCUUAGCCGUAGGAGCAUUUCAGUUCUACAGUGAUCUGCAGGCUAUUCGUCUUUACACAUCAACAGGGGGGCUUUACUUCUUUGUUAUGGCUUCUGAGAUCAUUUAUUUGCUUUUCAUUCUCUACUACAUGUUCAAGCAGGUCAAAUUAUUGAAGCAGCAUCGCUGGCUUUAUUUCAAGAGCAAGUGGAACCUUCUGGAGCUGAGCAUCAUCCUGCUGAGCUGGAGUGCCACUGCAGUUUUUAUCCAAAGGACUCUGCUUGGAAACCGUGAUAUGAAAUUCUACCAAAACCACAAAGACCAAUUUGCCAGUUUUCAAGAAACUGCUGCAGCUGAUUCAGUUCUUCAGUAUUUGGUUGCUUUCUUGGUUCUUCUGUCCACUGUCAAACUGUGGCACCUUCUCAGACUGAACCCCAAGAUGAACCUGGUCACUGCUGCACUGAAUCGAGCCUGGAAUGACAUCUCCAGUUUUCUGCUCAUCAUCGUGAUCACGCUAGUGGCGUACUCAGUUGCAAGCAACGUGAUUUAUGGCUGGAACAUUUCAUCUUACAAAACUUUUUUAGCUUCUCUUCUGACCAUCAUCAGUCUGCAAAUAGGCAUCUUUAACUAUGACGAGGUUUUGGACAGUCACCCAGCACUUGGCGGAUUGCUGUUUGGUUCCUGUAUUGUCUUCAUGACGUUUGUCACUCUAAAUCUCUUCAUUUCAGUGAUUCUUGUAUCACUAAACUUGGAGCAAAUGUAUCACAAGCCCUCUGAAGAAGAAGAGAUUGUUGACCUCCUGCUGAGCAAACUCUGCAACUUGUUUGGUUUCAGAUAUAAAAGUGAAAAAGACCCCAUGGAGCCUGACGGAGAGGGCAGCAGCAACUUGACCCUUAAUAAGAACAGGAAUAUUCUUACUAAUGCCUCAGUUGAAGACAACAUUUACCAAAAGUCUGACAACUAAAUGAACAGGAGAUGUAUGUCAAGAUUUUAUGCAGUAAUUUCCUCUUUCGUUUUUACUUGUUACAUUGAAGAAUGAUUUGAAACUUUACUCUGUAGAUUAGAUAUACAGUACAUUUCUCCUUACUCUGCUGCUUGUUCUGCUUCCUUUGCAGUUGUGCGUAGUUUAAUAUGAUCCUAUGGGCUUAUAGUAUGAAGCAGGAAAAACUGAAUAUCCUGAGAUAAAAGUUGUUCAAUAAAGCUUGAAUAAGUUAUUCAGAAUACUACUAGCACUGAAGUCUGAAUGAAUUUUUAAAAGCAUCUCACUCCUUUCUUUCACGUUCUUUGAUGAUCAGUAUAGCAGCUGCUUUUUGUAGGGUCUGAAUGACCUUUCUUUGUUAGUUUUUCAUCUACUUCAGAAUAUUUCCCAACAGAUUUAUUUGCUAGGUUCUUUAUUUUCAUAGCAAUGAUGAUACUUGCUGACUUUAAUAAAAAUGCAGGAGGUCAUA